AAUGAUCUCUAACCAGGAUUUUACAAGUAUUUUAUCUGAAUAAGUUAUCCAUACUGAAAAAAUAUAAGAGUGUGAAGGCUUUACACCAAAUAAGAAUCACGAUAAGAUGUUAAUCAAAAAGAAGUUUCAAUUUAUAUUUGAUAAUGAUAAUAAGAAAAUUGUUUAUAUAUUAGAUGGAAGAAUUCUUAGAUGGUAUUUAAAUUAAUAAUAAUUUAAGUGAUUACUGUGAGCCAUUCGAAAUGAUGAUGAAUUUUGAAUAAAUUAUGUAUCUAAAUUGGAAAGGAGAUUGGAACCAAAAUUAAAAGAAAAAUGGAAAAUGGGUUGCUCUUUGGAAAGACGAUUACUUUGGAGUUGGAGGAUUUUAUUCUGAGAAUGGAUUAAAGUUUGGUGUAUGGAAGGAAAUGUUUAAGAACUUUUGGGAGUAAUGUUAUUUAUUAUUAUUUUAAAAAAGCAAUGCAGAAGUGUUUGAAAUAGGAGAAUAUCGGAAUGGAAUUAGAAUAGGAUAAUGGGAUUUUGUAUUUGAAAAAUAGAAGAUGUAUAAAAAAUAUUAAAACUAGUGGUGGAGGAUUUUAUAAAGAAAAUGGAUUGAAAAAUGGAAGUUGGAUUGAAUUAAGCUAGAAUUUUUCAAGGUUUUUUAAUGUCAAUUAAUUAUAAACAAUAGCUUUAGUUAAAUCUUUUAAAAAGGUGAUUAUUAAGAUGAUAAAAAGCUUGGUUUAUGGUAAACAUUUUAUAGGGGAAGAAGUGUUGAUUCAUUUACAAAAAUGUAAAAAAGACUAUUGAUAUAUUCAUUUAGAGGAGGAGGAUCAUUCAAUGAAAAUUUGAAGGACGGAGAUUGGAUAGAAUUGAGUGAAUAUUUUAGCAAGUUCUAAUUAUCUAAUUUAAAUUAAUAGUUUGAGUUAAGUUGUAUAUAAGGGUUUAUAUAAACUUGGAAAAAAAUAAGGCAAAUGGGAAACAAUGUAUAGAGUUGGAGAUGAAUCAAAAUUUGAAAUAAUGUAAUGUAUAAAAAUAAAAUUAAGUGGUGGAGGAUAUUAUGAUGAAAAUGGAAUGAAAUAGAGUAAAUGGAUAGAGCCGUAUAAUUGUUUUCAAAGGUAUAUUCCUUUAUUUCAGAAUUUAAAAAGUUAUGUAUAAAUUACCUUCAGUGGUGAAUAUCAGAAUGACUUAAAAAUUGGUAGUUGGCAAACAAACUUUAGAGAAUAUGGUGGAGAUAAAUAUAGUUAGACGUUAUUAUUUAUUAAAUAUUUAUUACAGUGGAGGUGGAUCUUUUGAUUAGAAAGGAAUGAAAGUAGGAAGUUGGAUAGAAUUAAGUGAAGUAUUUAAUAGGUAUUAAAAAUUAUCAAUUUAAAUAGAGAUUUUUAACUCAUUUAUUAAGGAGAAUAUUAAAAUGGGUAAAAGACUGGUAUAUGGAACACUAUGUAUAGGAAGGAGGUUAAAAAUCAGUUUAAAAAUAUGUAUUAAUCUAUUAAUAUCAUAAUAGUGGAGGAGGACUAUAUGAUCUUAAUGGAAAGAAAGACGGUAUUUGGGAAGAAUUAGAAGAUUAAUUGAGUAGGUAAAUAUUUAACAAUUAAAAUAUAAGAAAUGUUUCAAUCGUUUAUAAAGGUGAAUAUAAAAAGGAUAAAAAAUAAGGUAAUUGGGUAAUAUCAUCAAUUAAGUAAGAUUAUAUUAAAUUAUUUCAAUGUAGUGGGGGUGGCUAUUUUAAUGAAAAUGGUAGAAAAGAAGGUUAAUGGAUAGAAUUCUAUGAUUAUUAUGAUAGGUAUUACAUUUUAUGAGUUUAAAUUAAUCUUUUAGUCAAUAUUAUUUGAUUUUUUAAGGUAAAUACUAAAAUGGGAGAAGAAUUGGUUAAUGGGAUAUCAUAGAGAUGAGUGAAUGCAGAUAUGAUUAAGAAGAUUUCAAAUUUCAAAAUAAAAUGUAAAAUUAAAAUAAACUAUUUAAAAAUAGUGGAGGUGGUAAUUAUGAUUAAAAUGGAGAAAAGAAUGGUAAAUGGUUAGAUUUGGAUUAUAAUUACGAUAUGUAAGAUUUAUUAUUAUUAAAAUUAAAAAGGAUAACCUAUAAAGUAACAUAUCUUGGUGAAUAUAAAAAUGGGGUCAAGAUUGGCCUUUGGAAAAUACUGUAUAGGGAGAAUAAUUCUAAACCAAUUAAAUAGAGGUAAGAUAUUAAAUUAAAAAUGAAUAUAAAUUGCAUAGGAAUUGGGGCUAAUUUGAUUAAGCUGGAAUAAAAGUUGGUAUAUGGGAUGAAUUGUAAGAUAGAUUUAAAAUGUAAUUAUAUAAGUCUUCGAUAGGGAUAUCAUCAUAAGAGGAGAAUAUAAAAAUGGGUAAAAAACAGGAGUAUGGAGUUUAAUGAAAAAAGAUAGCGAAAAUGAGGGUGAAUUAAAUAAAAUGUAGAUAUUUAGCUUGAAUUUGAAUUUAGCGGUGAAAUAGAUUUUACAAAUGCAUAAUGAAAAAAUUGAUUUAUUGAAUAAAAUAAAAAAUAAGUAUUUCAUUUUUUCUUUGUUUUUUUUCUAUAAUUAUCAAUUUUAACCCAUUUUAUAUUUUGAAAAUUAAUCAUUUAUUUUUAAAAGUCAAAAACAUUUUCAAACAUCCAAAAGAUAGCUUGAGGUUCGAUUCCUAUAACAAUGA